GCCACCAUGAGCCACUUGUCAGGCCUUCGGAGCAGCUCCAGCUCCACCUCCUACCGCCGCACCUUUGGGGCACCAGCCUCCCUGUCCCCAAGCUCCUUCUCCUAUUCCUCAGGUUCCCGCUUUUCCAGCCGCCUGCUCACUUCUCCAUCCCCUGGCUCCUCUGUCCGUCUGGGGAGCUUCCGGGGACCUCGGGCUGGGGUAGGUGCCCUGCGCCUGCCCUCAGAACGCCUUGAUUUCUCCCUGGCCGAGGCCCUGAACCAGGAGUUCCUCGCCACCAGAAGUAAUGAAAAACAGGAACUUCAGGAGCUCAAUGACCGUUUUGCCAGCUUCAUUGAGAAGGUUCGGUUCCUGGAGCAGCAGAACGCAGCCCUGCGCGGGGAGCUGAGUCAGGUCCGAGGCCAGGAGCCGGCCCGGGCAGACCAGCUGUGCCAACAAGAGCUUCGGGAGCUUCGGAGGGAGCUGGAGCUGCUCGGCCGAGAUCGGGACCGAGUGCAGGUGGAGAGGGAUGGGCUGGCAGAGGAUCUGGCUACUCUCAAGCAAAGGCUGGAAGAGGAGAUACACAAACGAGAGGACGCAGAGAAUAACCUGGUGCUUUUUCGGAAGGACGUGGACGAUGCGACCCUGUCCCGCCUGGAGCUGGAAAGGAAGAUUGAGUCCUUGAUGGAUGAGAUAGAAUUCCUCAAGAAACUCCACGAGGAGGAGCUGAGGGACCUGCAGGUGAACCUGGAAAGCCAACAAGUGCAAGUGGAGGUGGAGGCCACCGUGAAGCCGGAGCUGACAGCCGCCCUCCGAGAUAUCCGAACCCAGUAUGAGAGCAUAGCCGUGAAGAACCUGCAGGAGGCAGAAGAAUGGUACAAGUCCAAGUACGCGGACCUGUCCGACGCGGCCAACAGAAACCACGAGGCCCUUCGGCAGGCCAAGCAAGAGAUGAACGAGUCCCGGAGGCAGAUCCAGAGUCUGACCUGCGAAGUGGAUGGCCUACGGGGGACCAAUGAGGCGCUGCUCCGCCAACUUCGAGAGCUCGAGGAGCAGUUUGCCCUGGAGGCUGGGGGUUAUCAGGCUGGGGCUGCUAGGCUAGAGGACGAGCUCCGGCAGCUGAAGGAGGAGAUGGCCCGCCACCUUCGAGAAUACCAGGAGCUGCUCAACGUCAAGAUGGCCCUGGACAUUGAGAUCGCCACCUACAGGAAGCUGCUGGAGGGCGAGGAGAGCAGGAUCUCUGUGCCCAUACACUCCUUUGCCUCCUUCAGCAUGAAAACAUCUGUGCCUGAGCCUGAACUUUCCUCAGAUGCCCACAGCCGAAAGAUGGUUUUAAUCAAGACCAUAGAAACUAGGGAUGGAGAGCAGGUGGUGACAGAAUCUCAUAAGGAACAGAGGAGUGAAAUAGAUAAAUCUUCUACUCACAGCUAUUAAGCCUUCAAUGAAUCCAAGAUGCCUACUGCCCUUUCUCCCAACUUCCAAAUCAGGGGUCUCAACUGACCCCUACACCCUGCAUGGUGCUUGGGGCCUAGUUCCCACCAAACCCCAAAUCCCAAGUAAUGUAAUGACCCAACUGUGGGCCAUCCCUUUAGCUGGUGCUGUGGACGCAUCCUCCAAUCCUCCUGGCAUUCAUCAAGCAGCCUCCUCUUCCCACAUGAUUCUGGCCUCUCCUGGUCUUUUGGCAUAUCUGUGGCUUAGCAUCCAACCUAACUGCAACCCCUACCCACAAUGGGUGAGCCCACUGACCUGAAGAUGACUCCACUGAGUCUGAAACCUGGGAGUAUAUCGGUCCAGGAUCCCUUCCCCUUUCUCUGCUAAAUUCCUGUAUUUUGCCUUUAUCAGAAAUAAAACAAAG